CACUUCCGGCUUCUUACUGUACGGCACCGUGAGAGAUGCGCGGUGCAUUGUGGGGAUACAAAUACAGCGCAGAAAAAUAAAAGGGGACAACGGGGAGCACUAAAGAAUGCAAAACAAGCUUUUGCGGGAUACAAACUGGCGCUGAACCCCUCCGCUGGGAUGAGAAUACAACGCGCCGUUCUUUCGACCGUGGGUGUUUUUUUGGCGGACAAACUGCCCGAGACGCGCGGGGAAUGUGAGUGAUCGGAGCGGGGAAGCGGCAGGGGCGCACCGCUGUCUCCGACCAUCGCUGCUGGCUCCUUUGUGUACGUGUGUGUGUGUGCGCGCGCGCGCGUGCGUGUGUGUCAGCCGAACCGUUCGCAUCCCGAGGCCCUGCCGCCCUCACGGGCCUCAUCGCCACAAGGAGGCAUUUCCUGUACGAGGCCCCAACCCGCUUCCACCAUGGGGGUUAAAACCUUCACCCACAGCUCCCCCUCCCACAGCCAGGAGAUGCUGGAGAAGCUCAACGCGCUGCGCAGCCAGGGCCACCUGUGCGACGUCACCAUCCGGGUCCAGGACAAGCUCUUCCUGGCCCACAAAGUGGUGCUGGCCUGCUGCAGCGAGUUCUUCCGCUCCAAGCUGGUGGGCCGGCCCGAGGAGGAGGACAAGUUCGUGCUGGAUCUUCACCACGUCACCGUCAGCGGCUUCGCCCCCCUGCUGGAGUACGCCUACACCUCCACCCUCUCCAUCAGCACGGAGAACAUCAUCGACGUGCUGGCGGCCGCCAGCUACAUGCAGAUGUUCGCCGUGGCCAGCACGUGUUCUGAGUUCAUGAAGUCCAGCAUCCUGUGGGGCCCUGGCGGCGGCGGCGGCAGCAGGGCCAACAACAAUAACAUCAACAGCAUGGCAGCGGACAAGCCGCAGGAGGCGGCGGCGGAGGGCGCCUCGUCGCACUGCGCCCUGACGCCGCUGGACGGCAGUGUGUCCCCCGUGUCCUCCGACUGCAGCGUGAUGGAGAGGAACGUCCCCACCUGCCGCGAGUCGCGGCGGAAACGCAAAAGCUUCGCCACCAUGGCGUCCCCCGAGAGCCCGCUCAAAUGCACGGCGCAGAUGGUCACCACCUCCCCUCAGAUCCCCAACCCGUCCCCCUCCUUCUCGGAUGGCGCGGCCCCGCCCGUGGAGUCCUCCCUGGCCUUCCCCUGGACCUUCCCCUUCGGCAUCGACCGGAGGUUCCACUCGGACAAGCCGAAGCUCCCCGAGAGCCCCCGCUGCCUGGAGCAGGGCGCCGCGGGGGCCGGCGAGGCGGCGGCGGCGGGCCGGCGGCUCAGCGACUUCCUGACGUGCGAGAGCUCCAAGGUGGCGGCGGCGGUGGGGGAGGAGGACGUGAGGGUGAAGGUGGAGCGGCUCAGCGACGAGGAGGUGCAGGAGGCGUCGUCGCAGCCGGUCAGCGCCUCGCAGAGCUCGCUGAGCGACCAGCAGACGGUGCCGGGCAGCGAGCAGGUCCAGGAGGAGCUGCUCAUCAGUCCUCAGUCCUCCUCUAUAGGUGAGGUCGCUGGUCCAUGGGACGAGGGCGUGUCGGAGGGCCUUCAUUCCUUGCAGAGCACCUCCAGCCGCGGAGGACUCUGCUACGAUGACCAGAUGUUAGAAGGUAUUCAGUACCCGUACCACCUCUACAUCAACCCCUCAGCCCGGCCCGGCACCAACGGGCCCGACCGGCCCUUCCAGUGUCCUACCUGCGGAGUCCGAUUCACGCGCAUUCAGAACCUGAAGCAGCACAUGCUCAUUCACUCCGGUACGUGGACUUUGGAGAAAAGAAUAAAUAUGAACAGCAGCAAUAAAAAUAAUUCUCUGAUCAGAUGAAAAUAGCCAACGUCCUCACAUUAUUCACUCACCAUGAG